GCCCAAUUACUCGGGCCCAAUCUGCGCAGAGAAACAAUGGAGAGGGAAAAGAAGGCGUCUCCAGAGUCCAGACCCCAGUUGGUCGAGUUGGUCACCGUGAACCAGCAUGUGGAGGUUGAGGUCGCCUCGAAUCUCUUCUCUCGUUGUUAGAUUGAGUCAAAUCAAAGUAAGUGAUGUUCAGGUUAUGCACCAUCGUCGCUGUCACACUCAAGUGGCGCCUCCUCCAUCCAAUUUGCCACAGACACAUUGUGAUCCUCCUGACACCGUAGUUCCCAGCAAUUAUGUUGGGGAAAAUGUAUCUAGAAAAGAUAAGAACAAAUAUCUAUACACUACACUUCUUGAACUUAACGACAGCAAGGAGGCUGUUUAUGGUGCUCUUGAUGCCUGGGUUGCCUGGGAGCAAAACUUCCCCAUUGCUUCAUUGAAAACAAUUUUGAAUGCUCUUGAGAAGGAACAACAGUGGCAUAGGGUUGUGCAGGUAAUUAAAUGGAUGCUGAGCAAAGGGCAGGGGAUGACAAUGGGAACAUAUGGCCAAUUGAUACGAGCUUUAGAUAUGGACCAUAGAGUGGAAGAAGCGCACAAAUUCUGGGAAAUGAAAAUUGGUACUGAUUUGCAUUCAGUUCCUUGGCAACUGUGUCAUCUCAUGAUAUCAGUAUAUUAUCGAAACAACAUGCUAGAAGAUCUUGUUAAGCUUUACAAGGGACUGGAAGCUUUUGAUCGAAAACCUCGGGAUAAAUCCGUCAUUCAAAAAGUGGCAAAUGCGUAUGAGAUGCUAGGCAUGGUUCAAGAGAAAGAGAGGGUACUGGAAAAAUAUAGCCAUCUCUUCACGGAAGAAGGACCAACUAAGAGACAUGGAAGGAACUCAACUAAGGCAAAGAAACAUAUCUUUCUUGCCUCAGAGAAAUGGCAACAAAAGCAAUCUACAGAGGCGUCAUCCGAGGAAAAAUAGAAGUCAGGGCUGAGCUGCACUCCUAUUUAAAAACUCGUUCAGAAGAAAUGCACUAAUGUUUCUGGAGAGCGAACUGAUUUUACUAAUUCAUACUCUCACCUGUUGGGUUUUCCGAAGAAAGAAGCUGAAGCUAUUUAUUUUUUGAUUGGUGCUAUUCUGCUACUUCUGUCAUGAUGGGCAAUGUGAAAAGAUCCACUACUGGAUAUUACACAUCAAGGACAAGUGUAUUCUUUUCUAAUGCCUUGAUGUUAUUCUGAUAUGGUGUAAUAGAUCAAAGCCCUCCAUGUUCGAGUAUUGUGCUUUGUAGGCCAUCUAGGAUAGAAGUGUACAUUGAGCAAACGAACCAAACCUAUGUCUGGACUAUGGACGUCAAAGCGGUUCCAAAUUGUAGACCCAAAAGAAAAAGAAAAAGAAAAUCUGUUCAAAGUUUGCUGCACGGCUUAUAGUUGUUGGGUUACGGAAGUCCAUAGGGUAUCAUGUGUGAACAUUAAUUAAUCAAAGAACAUUUAUCCUAAAUUAACAAUUCAAAUACUUGUCAUGUUUUUAA